AUGGGUUGUAUAUUAUCCAAAGUAUGUUUUCGAAAUUGGUCACGAUCGGCACAAAAUAAAAAGCCGGACAAAACUAUAUUCAUCAAUAUCAAAACUCAGAAUUCAUCUCGUUACGAGCAAUACCAGCAACCUUCAGCAUCAGUAGCAUCAAUGCCUCCAGAACCAGUGGUAUUAAUACAUUCACCAUCAUUACCAUCGAUAGUUCUACCAUCAGUCUCACCAGUACUUCUACGAACACGCACAUUAGUGCCUACAUCAAACUCAUCUAUAUCAAUAUCUCGAAAUGGUAGAUCUCGUAUACAACUUUAUACUCCUAUUUAUGUCGCUAUUGAAACUUAUUCUAAAACGGACGAUACUCAUAUAUCGUUUGAAGUAGGUGAUGAAAUGGAAUUGAUUGAAGAAAUUAAUUCUUUAGAAUUGCGUGUUAACCAUCUACGUUCUGGUCUUUAUGGUAUCGUAUCGAAAAAUCUUGUUGAACUCAAUAAAGAAACACCACUUCGAUUGGCUGUAAAUGAUGCAGGUGUAAUACAACAAUGUCUUAUGCAAUAUAAUGUACCCGGUAGUUAUCUUAUUCGACGUAGUGGUACAAAUCCAGGAACUUUUGUAUUAAGUAUUUCACAAUUGAAUAAACAACAUAAUACUUUCUAUUGGCAUUAUUUAAUUUGUAUUAAUCGAUUGAACAAUUGUUUCUAUUUUGAAAAAGAAGAAACACUUCGAAAUAUAUUUUUUUCAUCAUUUCAAAAACUUAUUACUGACGAACGUGUGUGUAAUUUUAUUCCUUUAACUGAAAUUCUCCCAGACUCAAUUGAAUUUGAAGAAGAAAUAUGGAAAAUACCAUUUGAUGAAUUAAAAAUUGAAAAUAAAAUUGGUGAAGGUCAAUUUGGUGAAGUAUUUCAUGCAAAUUGGUAUAAAGAUCGAAGAACAAUACCUGUAGCUGUAAAAAAAUUACAUGUUCAUGGCUUUACUAGUACAAUUGAACGAGAGAUUGAAGUUAUGAAAAAAUUAACAAAUUUAUAUAUUGUAACAUUGUAUGGUAUUUCUCAAAAUCCAACAACAAAUGAAAUUUUUAUGGUAACUGAAUUGAUGGAAAAUGGAGACUUAAAAUCAUGGUUAAAAAAAUUACCUAAGUUACCUGAAUAUUCUACUUUAUUACGAUUUUCAAGAGAUAUUUCAAGUGGUAUGACUUAUUUAGAGUAUCGUAAUUAUGUUCAUCGUGAUUUAGCAUGUCGAAAUAUUCUUCUUGGUUCAAAUGGAAAUUUUGUUAAAAUUGCUGAUCUUGGACUAUCAGUUAUGGUAGAUACAGAUCGAUGUCAAGAAGCUCAUUCAGAAAAAUUACCAAUUCGUUGGCUAGCACCUGAAUUAAUUGAUAAUCAAGCUGCUUAUUCGAUUAAGUCAGAUGUAUGGUCAUUUGGUAUUCUAUUAAUUGAACUUUGGCUGAAAGGUGGAGAUCCUUAUGAUAAUCAACAUGUAACAUGGAUUUCAUCUGCUGUUGGAACUGGAUAUGUUCAUGAAAAACCAAUAGAUUGUCCUGUUGAAUUCUAUGACUUUGUGAUAUGUCAAUGCUUGCAAUAUAAAGCAAAUGAUCGACCAAGUUUUGCAGCUCUCAGACAAUUGUUAGGAAAAUGGCAAUGCUAA